UUAUUUUGUCCGCUCACGUUCAUCUACUCUUUACCAAAAACGUUAAACCAGAGCAACACGAGUGUGAAGCAUCUCCUGAACUAACUAAUCGUCGUCUUGACGGCACGGGCUACUGAGCAAACCAUCAUGUCAUCUCCAAAUAGCGGCGAGAGACGUCGGUCCUCCGGCACAUUCGCCAACCUUAUGAACCUCAAGCGCAAUCCAAACGAUGAAGCUUCCAUGGCUCGCCGCUUGAGCCAGACAGAAGCUUAUCAGAAACCAGGGUUCCUUGGAAGCAUGUGGAAUAGUUGGACAAAGGGCCAUCCUCCACCAUCAUCCCCACCAAAGGAUGCUGCAAAGCCGGCUGAUCCGGCGAAGCAGAGCAUCCAUCGUACGGGGGCUGGCACACUCGGAUGAAGAUGUGGGAGCAUCAUGAAGACAUUGUAUGUUUUACUUGCUGAUUACUGUUCAGGAUGGUCAAAAUUUGUACUUUGAAUAUGACUGUCAUUUGUUCUCCUACGUGUGUUAGCGAUAUGAUAGAAGAAAGUAAUGAUUUACUACCGCAAAUCUGCAUUCGACGUUGCCAAUGCCAUCAGAGAUGUCCUGCCUUGAGACAGGAGCGUGGUGUCAGUUGAUGAUGAAUACCAAACGAGCUUGCUAUUGCACGCAAGAUAACGAGAUUUGACGGAAAUAGUAUGUUGGGCCCGGAGACUUAAAGACAUUUUACCAUAGUCAGGAUCGUCAAGAUAAUAGUCUACAGUGUGUUUGCUACCUUAUAUUUCACGCGUUAGG